GUGGUUGUACUUGGUCAUCUCCACAUAUACUACUAUUAGAAAUUGUUAGUGUAGAGUGUCAAGAAAAAGCCAGAAAUGAAGGCCCUUCUUCUUCUUCUUCUCCUUCUUGUUCUGGUUUUGGCUGUCCUUUUCCUCACAAACAAACAUGGUCUUGUGGUUCUUGUUUUUGUUCCUGGUUUGCCCUUGUACUUGCUUGAAAUCCUGUGGGUGAAGCCGUGGCGGAUCCGGAGGAAGCUUCAGGCACAAGGGAUAAAAGGGCCAAAGCCUUGGCUUCUGUAUGGGAAUGUUUGGGAGAUGCAGAAAAUCCAAGAAUCAGCCAAGGAAAGCAGUGGGAAGAAUGAUGGUGAUGAGUUCGUGGCCCAUGAUUACACCUCAACCCUCUUCCCCUACUUUGAACAGUGGAGAAGACAAUACGGUCCGAUUUACACGUACUCGACGGGAAACAAGCAACAUUUGUACGUGAACCAUCCGGAGCUAGUGAAGGAAAUGAACCACUGUGUUUCCUCGGACCUAGGGAAGCCUUCUUACGUCACAAAACAGCUUGCACCCAUCCUCGGCAAUGGUAUAUUGAGGUCCAACGGCCACAUUUGGGCACAACAGAGGAAAAUUGUUGCACCUGAGUUCUUCAUGGACAAGGUCAAGGGAAUGGUGGGGCUGAUGGUGGAGUCCGCCGAGUCGUUGACGAAGAAAUGGGAGGGCUGCAUAGAGUCGCAGGGUGGCAAAAUGGCAGAGAUCAAAGCAGAGGAGGACUUGAGGAGUCUGUCAGCAGAUGUGAUCUCAAAAGCAUGUUUUGGGAGCUCUUACUUGAAAGGAAAAGAGAUUUUCUCCAAGCUUAGAACCCUUCAAAAGGCCAUUUCUAAGCAAAGCUUCCUCUUUGGCUCCCAUGCAUUUAGAUUGUUACCAACAGGGCAGCAAAAGAAAAUCGAGCAUUUGGAGAAAGAGAUAGAAACGCUGAUAUGGGAAGUAGUGAAGGAGCGGGAGAGAGAAUGCCAGGAGGAGAACAAGGAUCUGCUGCAGCUGAUCCUUGAGGGUGCCAUCAAUGGUGAAGUGGGCAAGGAUUCAUCUAAGAGGUUCAUAGUUGACAACUGCAAAAACAUCUACUUUGCGGGCCACGAAUCCACUGCCGUUGCUGCGUCUUGGUGCUUGAUGCUGCUGGCCCUGCAUCCCCAAUGGCAAGCCCGGAUACGGGCUGAGAUGGCUCAAGUCUGUGGGGACACUAGUGGUGGACUGGAUGCGGAGUCUGUGCACAAAUUGAAAACGGUUACAAUGGUCAUUAAAGAAGUGUUGAGAUUGUAUCCCCCAGCAGCAUUUGUGUCGAGGGAGGCACUCCAAGAAACGCAAAUCGGCCACAUUGUCGUGCCGAAAGGUGUGUGCCUAUGGACUCUGAUCCCAACCCUACACAGGGACCCUGAUAUAUGGGGCCCAGACGUGAACGAGUUCAAUCCAGAACGUUUUGCAAAUGGCAUCACUAGAGCUUGCAAACUGCCACAAGUUUACAUCCCGUUCGGAUUAGGCCCUCGGCUUUGCCUCGGCCGGAAUUUCGCCUUAGUUCAGCUCAAAAUUGUGAUCGCACUUAUUGUGUCCAAGUUCACCCUGUGUUUGUCGCCUAAGUAUAGGCAUUCACCAGCUUAUAGAAUGAUUGUGGAGCCUGGACAAGGUGUUCACUUACUUGUCCAACGAUGUGGUAAAUAGAUAUGGUUCUUGAUUUUGAAUGUUCA